AUGGCCCCCCGAGGUGGCGGCGCGCUGGACGCGCGCAAGGCGAUUCUGCUGGGCAUGGGGCUGCUGUUCGUGGCCUACUUCGUGGUGGUGAACGUGUUCUUCGACCUGUCGGCGCAGAGCCCGCACCUGGCGCAGCAGCCGGACGAGCCCAGGGAGUUCGCGGACGCCGUGGCGCAGGAGGAGGCGAAACUCGAGGAGAAGACGCCAGUUCCCGAGUCCACGCGCUCCUGGGAGCCCAAACCAGACCGCAAGUACGUGUGGCUGGACGUGGCUAUUGACGGCGUCUACGUGGGGCGCGUCACCGCUGAGCUGUACGCCGACGUCGUGCCCAAAACGGUGGAGAACUUCCGAGCUCUGACCACGGGCGAGAAGGGCCCCGACUACUCGUUCAAGGGCAGCACGUGCCACCGCAUUCUCAAGGGCUUCAUCGUGCAAUGCGGAGACUACACCAAGGGCAAUGGCACAGGAGGACGCAGCAUCUACGGCGGCAGAUUCGACGAUGAGCCGAAUGGACUGAGACUCAAGCACUCCAAGAGGUACAUCCUGCAGAUGGCCAAUGCCGGCCCCAAUACCAACGGCAGCCAGUUCUGCUUUAUGCUGGGUGCUGCGCCUCACCUGAAUGGCAAGCAUGUGGUGUUCGGGGAGGUCGUGGAAGGCUUCGAGGUUGUGGACAAGAUGGAGGAAGCAGGGGUGGAGAGAGACGGCAUCCCUCUGCAGCACAAGGUCAGCUUCACGGAUGGCGGCGAGAUUCUCUUCUAG